GUAAAUGGGGAGGAACUGCCUGCAACGAAGAUCAGUUCUUUGACUCUUUCCUGUAUUGCACUGUGCUACUUGCACUGCAGUCCAGCUUCUGCUUUGUUAGGCAGCCUGUGGCAAACAUUAACUUCUCUAGCAGGGUUGGUUGCAAACAGUAGUACAAAAUGUGUUGCAAAUGUGCAUGUUCCACUCAAAACUACUCCUUUUGGAGUAAAAAAGAGCUUUCAGUUAAGAAAAGCCCGGGAUCUGGAGUUAUUUAGUUCAAGAGAAUUUUAUGUAGCCAAGAAAAAUACUGAAGUGUUACUAUAAUGCAGAACAACUUUCAAAUAAAUCUACAGGAGUCUGGAAAGUUUGGAAAGAAAUUAAUUUGCUCAAUAACAGCAUCUGUAUGUUCUUGUGAUGUGGUGAGACAAGUUGAGGCUUUGCCUUACCUAUAAAGGACUGUUGGUUCUGGAAAUUCUGGGCUGUGGAAGUUCCUUGCUUUGGAAACAGGAUGAUGGGCACUGCAUCUUAAACAAGAGCAGAAGACUGAAGCCCAUUUUGGGGCAGAAUGAGUUUAAAAGAUGCGGACAGCGCAGUUUGCCAGACAAAAGCUGCCUAUAAUCUUCAUGUUUACCCCCAGCUCUCAACAGAAAGUGCUCCCUGCUGCAAAGUGACAGCAACUAAGGACACCACGUCUUCAGAUGUCAUCAAGGAUGUGGUUAAUAUCUUAAACUUGGACGUCUCAAAAAAUUAUGUGCUUGUGGAGGUGAAAGAAACAGGUGGUGAAGAAUGGGUACUUGAUACAAAUGAUUCUCCUGUUCAUAGGGUUUUACUUUGGCCUCGUCGUGCUCAGGAUGAGCAUCCUCAAAAGGAUGGAUACUACUUUCUUUUGCAAGAAAGAAACACUGAUGGGACCAUCAAAUAUGCCCAGAUGCAACUGCUAUCCAAGGAGACGGAUGCUCGACGGUUGGUUGAAAGAGGUUUUCUUCCAUGGCAGCAGGAGGACUUUGAUGACUUGUGCAAUAUUCCCAACUUAACAGAGAAAACACUUCUAGAGAAUCUCAAAUGCCGCUUUCUAAAACACAAAAUUUAUACUUACGCAGGAAGUAUUCUGAUUGCAAUUAACCCCUUCAAGUUCUUGCCCAUUUAUAAUCCUAAGUAUGUCAAGUUGUAUGAGAAUCAUCAACUCGGGAAGUUGGAGCCUCAUAUUUUUGCCAUUGCUGAUGUGGCUUAUCACACAAUGCUUAAAAAGCAUGUUAAUCAGUGCAUAGUUAUAUCAGGUGAAAGUGGCUCUGGAAAAACACAAAGCACAAACUUCUUAAUUCACUGCCUCACAGCACUGAGCCAGAAAGGGUACGCAAGUGGUGUGGAGAGAACUAUUCUAGGAGCUGGACCAGUUCUGGAGGCGUUUGGAAAUGCAAAAACAGCACAUAACAAUAACUCCAGUCGUUUUGGAAAGUUCAUUCAAGUCAAUUACUUAGAGAAUGGCGUUGUCCGAGGGGCUGUUGUUGAAAAAUACCUGCUUGAAAAAUCUCGGCUUGUUUCUCAAGAAAAAGAUGAAAGGAACUACCAUGUCUUUUAUUAUUUGCUACUUGGAGUCAAUGAAGAAGAGCGUAAAGAAUUUCACCUUAAACAACCUGAAGAUUAUUCCUACCUCAAUCAGUGUAACUUGAAAAUUGAAGAUGGGGAAGAUCUCCGGCAUGACUUCGAAAGAUUGAAACAAGCAAUGGAGAUGGUUGGCUUUCUUUCAGCAACAAAAAAACAGAUUUUUUCAGUGCUCUCAGCUAUUCUUUAUUUGGGCAACGUGACGUACAAGAAGAAAGCUACAGGCCGUGAUGAAGGAUUGGAAGUAGGACCUCCUGAAGUGCUGGACAUUCUUUCUCAGCUUUUAAAAGUCAAACGUGAAAUUCUAGUGGAAGUGCUGACAAAAAGAAAAACAGUGACUGCUAAUGAUAAGCUUAUUUUGCCAUAUAGUCUCAGUGAGGCCAUAACAGCUCGUGAUUCAAUGGCAAAGUCCUUGUACAGUGCCCUGUUUGACUGGAUUGUUCUGCGAAUUAAUCAUGCUCUCCUUAAUAAGAAGGACAUGGAGGAAUCUGUUACAUGUUUGUCCAUUGGUGUACUUGAUAUUUUUGGGUUUGAAGACUUUGAAACCAACAGUUUUGAGCAGUUCUGCAUAAAUUAUGCAAAUGAGCAGCUUCAGUAUUACUUUAAUCAGCAUAUUUUCAAAUUGGAACAGGAGGAAUAUAAGAGCGAAGGGAUCACGUGGCACGAUAUUGACUAUACUGAUAAUGUGGCCUGCAUUCACUUGAUCAGCAAGAAGCCCACUGGUCUCUUCUAUCUGUUGGAUGAAGAAAGCAAUUUUCCACGUGCCACCAACCAAACUCUACUAGCAAAAUUCAAACAGCAGCAUGAGGAGAACAAGUUUUUUGUUGCAACCCCAGUAAUGGAACCUGCUUUUAUUAUUCGACAUUUUGCUGGGAAAGUUAAAUACCAGAUAAAAGAUUUCAGAGAGAAAAACAUGGAUUACAUGCGGCCAGACAUCGUUGCUUUGCUGCGGAGCAGUGACAGCGCCUACGUUCGGGAGCUGAUAGGGAUGGACCCCGUCGCUGUGUUCCGCUGGGCUGUUCUGCGAGCAGCUGUUCAGGCCAUGGCUGUCUUUGCAGAAGCCGGACGCCAGAGAGCUCAGAAGACUGCAGGAGUGGUGCGCCAAGGCCCCAGAGUUCCCCUGGCAGAACUCCAGAGAUCGAAUGCGCCAGUAGAAAAAGUUUACCGCCACUCAAUGCUUGAUUUCUCAUUUGAUUGUUCAGAGGAUUUCGAUAUAAAUGCUUUUGAAGACAUCAUUUCUUUUUAUGAAAACAAGAAAGACAUGCAUGAGCAAAUCAUCGCAAGUAUAAAAGGACUUCCAUGGCAGGGAGAUGAUCCCUGUAAGCUGCUUCGGUCACUCAGUCGACUCCAACACCGCUCCCACUUCAUGAAAAGUAGAGCUGUCAAACAAAAGCAGAUCAUUCCAAAGAACUUGCUGGAUUCCAAAUCUCUGAAGCUUAUAGUAAGCAUGACUCUACACGAUCGAACUACAAAAUCCCUCUUACACUUGCACAAGAAAAAGAAACCCCCUAGCAUAAGUGCACAGUUCCAGACUUCACUUAAUAAAUUACUGGAGACGCUGGGGAAAGCUGAGCCAUUCUUCAUCCGUUGUAUCCGCUCCAACGCUGAGAAGAAAGAGAUGCUCUUUGAUGAAAACUUGGUGCUUCAGCAGUUAAGGUACACUGGCAUGCUUGAAACUGUGCGAAUCAGAAGAUCUGGCUAUAGUGCCAAGUAUACAUUCCAGGAAUUCAUAGAUCAGUUUCAGGUGCUACUUCCCAAAAAUGCCAAAGCCUCUAAGGAAGACAUUUUUGCUUAUUUGAGUAAAUUGAAAUUGGAUAAAAACAACUGUCAAAUAGGGAAGACCAAGGUUUUUAUGAAAGAGGCUGAGCGGCAAAUACUACAGGAUACACUACACAAAGAAGUGAUCAGGAAAAUCAUUCUCCUUCAGAGCUGGCUCAGGAUGGUUUUAGAAAGGAGACGCUUUCUCCGAACACGACAAGCAGCCAUUGUUUUACAGGCUUGCUGGCGUUCCCGCUGUGUCAGGAGGGCCCUGCAAAGGAAUAAUGCUGCCAUUUAUAUCCAGUCAGCAUGGCGAAGAUACAGGGAGCAAAAACGCUACCUUGAACACAAAAAGAGGAUUUGUCUUGUGCAAGCCAUGGUCAGAGGGUAUCUUCAGCGUCAGAGAUUUCAGAAAAUGGUUAUGGAAAAGCAGAAAGCUGAAGAAGAGCAGAGGAAAAUGCAAGAAGCUCAAGACAGAGAGACUGAUAUGAGGAAGGAUGAGGGCAAUGAACCAACAACGGAUCAAUUGCCUGUGAAACACGAGUCAGAGCUGGAUCAAGUUGUUGAGGGAAAAGAUGAAGUUCCAAGUGAGCAAGCUGAAAACCUGGGCUCAUCUGAAACGGCCACGUUACCUCAGAAGAACGUGAUAGAGGGCUCUGAGAAAGUGACGAGCAGCAGGGAGAAACGUGAAUUUCGCCGGCAGAGGGGGCUGGAACAUAAUGAGCUACAGAAUAAGCAUGUCCAGUUUUCCUUUGAAGAAACAGCUUUACUGCGUCCUGAAGAGGCCCAGGAAAAUGUUUCUGAGCCAAAAGAAUCCACAGAACAAGAUACUGUACUACAAAAAAGCAAUGAGAAAGAACAAAAUGCAAAUCAUGGAAAGGCCAUUUCAGAUACACCACUGCUAAGUGAGAUAAAAGAGGGUAGUUAUAUUUCUGAGCAACCACCUGCAUUGGAAGUUGAAAGAGUAGAUAAGGCUAUUGAUAGAGUGAUGAAAGCAGAAGAGAGGCAAAGUAGCCAACUGAAAGUCAGCCAAAGCUGUCCUGAAAGGCCAACAAAUCUUGCGCUGAAUCUUGAAAACACGUUGUUUGCUACUGGAAACUUUCAAACUCCAGCUGAAUGUUGGGGAGAUAAAAACAAACGGCCUGUUCAGAAGGAAGCCAAGGAUCUGGAUAGUCCUACUUCUUCCCAGAUCCAGAGAUAUGUGGAUGACCCAGGAAAACUAAAGUAUAAGAGAGAAAAAUGGAAAGGAAAGAGACAGUCUGAUGCUGGUCAGAAUGAUGUGCUGAGCCAGUCUUUGGAUGGAAGAACACGUGCAGAUCAGUCUCCUCAGGACCCCCUAGAAAAGAAGGGGACUUCAUCUUCAUUAAAUGAUCUCUCAGCACUGGCCCAUGCUGCCACAAGUCAGCAAUCACCAGAUACAAUAGAAGAAGAAAAAGGCAACAAGAAGUACCUUUUGCAAAAGAAGUCGAGUGACCUCUUACCUACCUCUGAUACAGUUGUUUCCAUGCAGCCAGCAAGCCAGCAAGUAGAUGCCAAGUCUGCUUUCAAAAGUCCUUUGCGUAGACUUUUGGGGAAAAAGCCAGACAAGAAAAUUCCGAAGGAGUUUAAUCCUGAUGUGAUUGAUGAAGGCGAUGGGCUCUCACUCACUUCGUGCCUCCUGUUUCCGGAAACGGGAGGAGCACAGAAAGUUUCAGAAGAAUACAAAUUCAUUUAUUUCCCAGCUUCUUCUGGGCAGCCAAGUCGUCUCCAGGCAGGGGAGCGCCAUGUAAAGGAGAGCAGUAAAGCAAAGAAGAACCGUACUAUUAAGAUCAGCAAGAUCUCCAAUGUAUCUCAGAAUUGGCGAGCUUCUAUAGUCCGAGAGAUUGCAAAUGCCAAUGAACUGAAACAUCUUGAUGAGUUCCUUCUAAACAAGAUCAACGACUUGCGCUCCCAGAAAUCUGGUGUUGAAUGCCUGUUUUUUGAAGCCACUGAGAAGUUCAGAGGAAAUAUCAAGACCAUGUACUCUGCUCCUAAUGGGCAAAUCCAUGUUGGCUACAAAGAUCUGGUGGAAAACUACCAGCUUCUAGUUACAAAUCUGGCCAAAAAAAGGGAAGAGAAAGAAGUCAAGCUGGUUUUGAAUCUCUUCCAAUCCCUUCUGGAUGAAUUCAUCAGAGGAUAUACAAAAAAAGAAGAAUCUGAGCAGCCCAAGCAAACCAAAGCCCAGAAGAAGAAGCGAAAACAAGAUCGUGCAAUUGAAGAACACAAUGGUCAUGUAUUCACAAACUACCAAGUGAGCAUUCGGCAAUCAUGUGAGCACUGCUCGUCGUACAUCUGGCCCAUGGAGAAGGCCUGUCUCUGCAGUGUUUGCAAGUUGACUUGUCAUAAGAAAUGCAUGUCCAAAAUCCAGAGCAGCUGUACAUCCUGUGGGAAAAAGAAUGAACAGGAUGCAGAACCGCGGCACUUUGGAGUGUGUGUGAGUGCCCUGACCAGCGAGAGAAAUUCCGUCCCCAUUGUCAUGGAGAAGUUGCUAGAGCAUGUGGAGAUGCACGGCCUCUACACUGAAGGCAUUUACAGGAAAUCAGGAUCAGCAAAUCGUAUGAAGGAGCUGAAACAGCUGCUGCAAGCAGAUCCAAAUUCAGUGAAACUGGAGAAUUACCCUAUCCACACUAUUACGGGCAUCCUUAAGCAGUGGUUACGAGAAUUGCCAGACCCACUGAUGACAUCAGCACAGUACAGUGAUUUUCUCCGUGCUGUAGAACUACCAGAAAAACAGGAGCAGCUUUGUGCCAUUUACAGUGUGCUCGAGCAGCUUCCACAGGCAAACCAUGAUACCUUGGAACGGCUCAUCUUCCAUCUAGUCAAAGUGGCUUUGAUAGAAGAUGUCAACCGUAUGUCACCCAAUGCCUUGGCCAUUGUUUUUGCUCCGUGCCUCUUGCGUUGCCCUGAUACCUCUGACCCUUUAACCAGCAUGAAGGAUGUUUCAAAAACAACCAUGUGCGUAGAGAUGCUGAUAAAGGAGCAGAUAAGGAAGUACAAGAUAAAGAUGGAUGAAAUAAGUCAGCUGGAAGCAGCUGAGAGCAUUGCUUUCCGGCGGCUCUCAUUGCUUCGGCAGAAUACGCUGUGGCCUGUAAAACUUGGGUUUUCUUCCCCGUAUGAGGGGAUGCUGAGUAAAAGUCCACAGGUCAAAGGAAAUGACAGUGGCAAUUCAGAACUGGGCUCUCUGCAUGAAGAAGAGGAAGUUUCUGAAGCUGAUAACCGAGAAAAGGAGAUUCUCAUUGAUCGGAUACAGUCAAUAAAAGAAGAAAAGGAAGACAUAACAUAUCGGUUACCUGAGCUUGAUCAGCGAGGCUCUGAUGAGGAAAAUGUGGACUCUGAGACCUCAGCAAGCACAGAGAGCUUGCUAGAAGAGAGAACAGGACGGAUGGAUACCGAAGGAAUUAUGAUUUCUGGCGUACAAGGCUGCACUCAGAGCUCCAACGUGCCUGCCAAAGACGUUUGCACAGUGCCUUCUCUUCUGCAAACAUCUUCGGGUUCUUUGCCUGCAUCCCUGGCUUCAAGACGCAGAUCAUCUUUAACACUGUCCAAGAUUAAGGUGCCCCGCCGAACACCAGUGAUGCCAACAGCAAACAUCAAGCUUCCUCCUGGGAUUUUCAAAUGUACAGAAUCUCAGGGCAAGGCUUCAGCUGAUGAAGAGUCUCAAACAGUGGUGAGACGAAGGGAGCAGCCAGCAAUACGAACUGAUAAAGUCCAUUCUAUAUACGUUGCACAAGGGUCUGCAAUGGCCCACGCUCAGGAACUUUUGGAUGAAUAUGAACCAACAGCAAAAGUAAAACGGAGGUUUUCAGACCCUUAUUCCCACCUGACGUGUACAGAGAAGUGAAAUACUGAAGCUGUCUGGAUUUGUCUGAAGUUGACUUUAGUUUUUUAAGGCUUUGAAGGCUAUGAACUUAUUCAUGAGUGUACAGGUAAAAAAUAACGUCCUGUUUCUGCUGCCGUGCCUUCUUCCAUUUGCCUUACAGUGGACUUUAAUGGGACCAACAGUGAGUUUGGGUCAGCGUACGUUGCCUUAAUUUUUUAUGUUUUUAUGACAACUUUGUGUGGUUUACAGAACUGUUAAUGUUGUAAUAGCCUUAACUGAGACCAAAUGUACAAAAACGUUUAUUAAUACAUUGCACUUUUUAAAAAAAGUCUGUG